AUGAAUUCAACAAAUAAUAUGACGAAUUCAUUACCAGUACCAGAUCCAACUCCUACAAAUUUAGGAUUGAAUCUUACUCAAGAAUUACAAAUUGGUGUUAUAAUUCUUAUUAUUUCUUUAAUUUCAUUAAUUUUGGGUUCUUAUUCAACAAUUUCAAAACCAAAAAUUGCGAAAGAUGCAAGAUUAGAUACUGAUUCUUCAUUAUUUGAUCCAACAGAUCUAGAUAAUUCUUCAUAUUAUAUAUUAAAUAAAUUUGAUCUUCAAUUUUUAACAGGUGCUUCAACUCAACAAUUUUCAAUUAUUUCAGCUAUACUCAUCCCAAUAUUUGCUUGUAUUACAUUAAUUAGUUUAUAUUAUUUAUUAAAAUAUGUUGAAGAUUUAAAUUAUUAUUUACAAUUUUAUAUCCUUUUAAUUAAUCCAUAUAGUUUAAACUCAGGUAUUACAACACUUUUAACAAUGACAAUUAGAAAAUUUACACAUUUAAUUGGUAAAAAUUCCAAUUGGGUUUUGAAUAGAUGGAGAUUGAUUUUGAUUAAAGAUGAAGAUGAUUUCCCAAUUGGUAAUGUUGAAUAUACUAAAGAGGAUAAAGAAAUUGGUGAGAAUUUUGAAGAUUAUUUAAGAGUUGAAAAAUUGAUUCAUUUAGAACCUACUUCAAUUAAGAUAAGAAACUCAAAGAGUAAUAUUAUAUUCAAUGUAUUACCAUUAUUGACAUUACCUGUAAGUUUAGGGCUUACUUACUACAAUUUCUACUACAAUUCAAAUGGUAAAAAUUGGAUUAUUUCAAAUUUACUUUCAUUUUCAUAUAUUAUCACAUCUUUCAAACAAAUUAAAGUUCCACAAUUUAAAAUUUCAGUCUUGUUAUUAUCAUUAUUGUUUUUCUAUGAUGUUUAUUUCGUUUUUGGUAGUAAGAUUAUGCUUACAGUAGCUCAAGGUAUUGAAAUUCCAAUUAAAUUAAUGAUUCCAAGAAUAGGUUCAACUGAUAAUCAAUUUUCAAUUUUAGGUUUAGGUGAUAUUAUCUUACCUGGAACAUUGGUUAGUUUAUGUUUAAGAUUUGACCAAUACAAUUUUUAUAAAAAUCAUAAAGAUUUAGCAUUUCAUCAUGUUAGAAGGUUUAGUAAACCUUAUUUUAUUGUAAGUUUACUUAGUUAUGCAAUUGGUUUAGCUAUAACUUGGGGAGUUUUAUUAGUUUUUAAACAUGGACAACCUGCAUUAUUAUAUUUAGUACCUAGUUUAAUUAUUGGUGUAUUUGGUACUGCGUUAAAUCGUGGUGAAUUAAAAGAAUUAUGGAAUUAUUCAGAACUUAUAAGUGAAUAUAAAAAGGAUAAAACCUACACAGAAGAAUCAGAUGAUGAGGAAGAAGAUCCAGAUUAUAUACCGAUCGAAAAUGAAGAAAUAGAAAUAGAUUUGGAUGAAGAAGAUUAUGAUGACAAUACUUAUAUCAUAACCAUAGAUGAAAGAGAUGAUUAUGACGACGAAAGUGAAGAAGACGAUUAUGAUGACGAAAGUGAAGAAGACGAUUAUGAUGAAGAUAAGUAUUCGGAUGAUUAUUCAGAAGAACAAUUAUUACUGGAGAAUGAAGAAUUAAAAGCCAAGAUUAGAUCAUUCUUAAAUAGAGUGAAUAGAAAUUAA